CUCAAGUAAGAGGACCAAUACCUAGAUUGUUGUGUCAUGAGGCUCUCAUCUUUAUAAACUACAAGUUUCAACUCUCUCAAUUUUCAACAUCAUAUCUUUUUCAAACUCUAAUUUCCAAACUACUUAUUAAAUGUAUCCAAGAGUUAAAGUAAGAGUCCCAGAGAAAGAACACAAUGUUCAUUCUGAAUAUGAUAGUGGAAUUUUAUCUUUCUUGAAGCUCAUUCAAUCACUACACUUUGAAGAAGAGGAGAAUCAUAGUAAAAGUGAACCAUCAAUUUGCAAAAACACAAAGGCUUGUCCUCAACAUAUAAUAACAAGGAGAUUCACUCCUUCAACUAAAGGAAUGUUGAAGAAUAACAAACAAGUUAGGGAGGUUCCAAAAGAAAUUACAAGACCUAGUUGCGUUAUUCGGCCACGCGCCGUCUUAUCUAGUCCUGAUAAUGAUGAAUUAAUUGGAGGUAUAAAUGAUUUGAAGAACAAUAUAUCCAUAACUAAGAGAAAGAAAGAUGCAAGAGGGACAGUGGAAGGUCAUGCCAAGGUUUUGGCUUAUCAAAGACAAAGCUCCUCCAAAGGCAAAGUGCAUGUUUGAAAGUUUUGAUCUUAAAAUGCAUCAAACUUAUUUGGAAUUUGAUUCUGAUGUGGAAUUAUGGAUGGAUAUAUACUACUAGGUUCAUUGAUUUGCCGUUUUAUAUGGAUGCAUUUUUUUUUAUAAUUCUUUUUUGUUUGGUGGUGUUGAUGUUUGGCUAUGAUAACAUCUUACAAUAUUGUUUUUUUCUUUCUAAUCUUUACACUUCUUAUGUUAUGAUUGUGUUGUUUGAUCCAUCCAUUAUAGUACAACAUAAGAAGUGUUAAGAUUAAUUUAGAGACAACUAGUUUCGAUUCAAUAUUGAGGAGCAUUACAAAUCCAUGUAAAAAAAACACCAUUUUUCUCUUUUGUCCCUCACCAAUUAUCAC